CCCUUUUUAUUUAUUUAUUUUGCUGACGUUUUGAUAAAAACCAAAUUUUUCGAUAUAAUAGUACAAUUGGUCGUGCCACAGGUGGACAAUUGGGCUGAUAAUGAAGCCCUUCGUCAUCCUUCAUCACAACCACAAAAUUCCUACGCGCAAAAACAGGCCGGUUAUCGUAGAUCAUUCUCCGAGUUGCCCCAAACAACCUCUAAUAACCAUACUGUUUACAAUACCGCAAAUAGACGCAGUCUUGGAGGCGGAGGCGGAAACGAAAUGCUGUUCCAAAUGUUUCCAAAGUCGAGCACUUCGAUGACCAACAUACAAUCAUCGUCGUCAUCAAAUUCAGACGCUGCAAGUACUCGGUUUGGGACGUUAAACAGAAGUACUAGUGAAUUAGGUAGAACGGAGGAGGAGAAAUCAACAACCAAGUAUACUUAUAUUGGAAUUUCAGAGCCGCAAGAACGGCACACAUAUGAAAAUCAGAGCAUCAUUAAUGCACGUGAGAAUAAAAUUGGUUUGGAUUUAGUUAAAAUUGGAUUGGAUCAACGUCAACAACAGCAUAAUGAAAUUUUAAAAAAUGGAACGAUCUCAUCACGUGGGUUUAAAGAACGCCGGUGGACCUGUGUUCAAUGUUCAUUCGCUUACAAUUUGUUAGACGCCGGCACCUGUGAAAUUUGUGAUUGUUUACGUAGCGAAUCAUGCACAAUAACCGUUACCGAAGAUAGAAAACCAGAUAGCAUUUUAAAAUGGAACGACUCCAUUCAAAUCCCACCAAUUGCAACUUUAGAUCAAGGAUUAGAAGACGAUUUUCAAUUAAUGCCAGGAGAUUGUGUAACGGAAGAACAAAUGUGGACAUGUAAAAAGUGCACGUUAGUGAACAGCGGGCAAUCGCUAUCGUGCGAGGCGUGUUACGGUUCGAAAUUAAAGUCGUUGACGAUGGCCGCUGGUGGGGGUGAGAUGACAUUGCGUAAGGGUGAGUUUUGGUCGUGUUCGAAGUGCACGCUGAAGAAUCCGCUUUUUGCCACCGCGUGCACCGCUUGCAGCACCGACAAGACGUCGACGACGACGACGAAGCUAACUGUGAUAUCGCGAAGCCCCUCCCCACGACACCUACUAAUUGGGGGGCCUCGCAAAUCUUCCACCAACGAUGCGACCUCUACCGCUUCUAAACCGACUUACGCCAAAAUAAAUUAUCUUCAAAAAAAUAGGGCGAAAAUGAAUUUCGAAAUUGAAUCAUCAUCAACAACCAUUCUCUCGCCAACAAGUCGUCAGCAAAUACUUCCGUGGCAAUGUGGAGUGUGUACCUUUGAAAACUCUCGAUCGCGUUCAAUUUGUGAUAUGUGUAUGAAUAUGCGCGUGGACAUCGCCUCAUCGUCAAACUCCGAAGCAUCUCCCCCUCCGCCCGAGCAACCACCCCGUUUAACCCAAGACGAAUUAGCGAAUAAACAUUGGAAUUACAUCGUUAGGUACUGCAAAUCGAAAAAACAAAGUUUUAUCGACGACACAUUUCCGCCGGCUGCCACCAGCCUGUAUUAUUGCCCCGCCGAAAAUAGCAAAGACACCAGUGUCCCCGUGAUAAAAUGGCGCCGAUUGAAAGAUAUCACAUUUGAUGAUCAGGAUUCGAUAAAAGAUAAAGGGAUGCCUUGGGCGGUUUUUCGGAAGCCAAGACCUUCUGAUAUCUCUCAAGGGGUUUUGGGGAAUUGUUGGUUGUUGAGUGCGUUGGCUGUUUUGGCGGAACGGGAGGAAUUGGUUCAGGCUGUUUUGAUAACACGCGAGGUUUGUCAUCAGGGAGUUUAUCAAGUGAGGUUAUGUAAAGAUGGCAAUUGGACAACGGUGUUGGUUGAUGAUUUUUUUCCAUGUGAUAAACGAGGGCAUUUAUUUUAUUCACAAGCUAAAAGAAGACAGUUAUGGGUACCGUUGAUAGAAAAAGGGGUUGCAAAAAUUCAUGGUUGUUAUGAGGCGUUAGUUUCGGGGAGGGCAAUAGAAGGACUUGCGACGCUUACAGGAGCCCCGUGUGAAAGUAUUCCAUUACAAGCUUCUUCGAUUCCAGCUCCAGCUGAAGAAGAACUUGACGUUGAUCUCAUUUGGGCGCAAUUGUUAUCGUCUCGUCAAGCUUUUUUUCUGAUGGGGGCCUCGUGCGGUGGCGGUAAUAUGAAGGUGGACGAGCCCGAGUAUCAGAGUAAAGGUCUUAGACCAAGGCACGCUUAUUCACUACUAGACGUUCGAGACGUUGACGAACAUCGUUUGUUGCAAUUAAGAAAUCCUUGGGGACAUUAUGUGUGGACCGGUGAUUGGUCGGACGAAUCGGAAUUGUGGAACCCUGCUUUACGUCAAGAAUUAAUGCCAGAAGGACCGCAGAACGACGGCACGUUUUGGAUUUCGUUCAACGACGUUUUGAAGUACUUCGAUUGUAUUGAUAUUUGCAAAGUGAGACACGGUUGGAAUGAAAUUAGGCUAUCCGGAGUUUUACCACCUUUAGCAUCGCAACAGCAUCUUUCUUGCAUUUUAUUGACGAUUUUAGAACCGACAGAAGUGGAUUUUACAUUGUUUCAGGAAGGACAAAGAAAAUCAGAAAAAUCUCAACGUUCUCAAUUGGACUUGUGCAUAGUCGUUUUUAAGGCUCGUUCAAACUCGUCGAACAUUGGGAAUUUAGUGGAACAUAGUAAACGACAGGUUCGGGGAUUUGUUGGUUGCAAUAAAAUGCUUGAACCGGCCGAGUACAUUGUCGUUCCUUUAGCGUUUAAUCAUUGGCAUACAGGAUUGGAUGAUAUUAGGUCAUUUCCAAGAUAUGUUUUGGCGAUACACAGUUCAAAAAAAGUUUUAGCAGAACACAUUACACCUCCUCUGUACAUUUUAGCAGAUUCAAUAAUUUCCUUAACAUUAGCACGGGGACAAAGACACGAAGGUCGCGAAGGCAUGACCGCUUAUUAUUUGACGAAAGGUUGGGCGGGAUUGGUUGUGAUGGUUGAGAAUCGGCACGAAAACAAGUGGAUACACGUCAAGUGUGACUGCCAGGAGAGUUACAACGUAGUUUCAACUCGGGGGACUCUAAAAACAGUCGAUUCAGUGCCCCCGUUGAAUCGUCAAGUUAUUAUCGUGUUGACUCAGUUGGAAGGAAGUGGAGGAUUUUCAAUUGCGCACCGUUUGACGCACAGAUUAGCCAAUUCGCACGGUUUAUACGAUUGGGGAUCCCCUGGAGGGCGUACUUCUCAUGAUCCCGAACUCGAUUUUCAAACCAGUGGCCUGCACAGUCCUCGAUUGAUUACUUAAAAUAUAUUUCUCGAUAACUUUAUUAUAAAUAAGUUUUCGAUUUAUUUUCAUAGACAGAAUAAGUUGUU